CGGAGGGGGCGUUCAUCUCCUCACUAGCUCAUGACUGGAGGGAGCUGGCAGUGGCACAAGGCUUCAGAGCGCGAGCGUCUGCGUACAUGUGCGCGAGAGGAACGUUUCUAUUCUUUAUCGUAUUAAAAACACGUUUGUUUUUCUCCUCCUCUUCUCUGGAUAACCUGCUAUGUCUUAGUCCUCGUAUCCUGCCGCAGCGAGCGCCAUCGGGGCGUUCAGUGCCGCAGAAGCGCAGUGGAAGGAUGUUGUGACAGAUACAGACACAGACAGAGGGACCAGUCACUGCUCACCACUCAGAGACAGACCAUGGCUCCUGUGUCCCUCCUCUAUCUGGGAUUCGUCCUCUCCUCCCUCCAUUCUUCCAAUGCCCAGACCAUCACUGGCACCUCCUCCUCAAUUACUCCUCUCAACCUGCCGAUUAACGCCGCACCUCCACCAACCAAGCAAACUGAUAGUUUCGGGUCCUCUUUCCCUCCCAGAGGGCGUAGUGAUGUGCCUAUCAGAGCUACAGUCUGGGAUAGGCUGACAAAUACAGUGCCGCAGGGGCGAAGAAUGACCCGUCCCACUGCACAGUCCGUUCCGUCUCUUAUAUCUGCCCUCUCUACGAAGAACCUUAGCAGUGGGCCAAUUUUAACCCAACCACCUGCCUCCAGGCCCAGGACUGACACAGACAGUUUAGUCAGCAGGGCGUUUGGACAGAGAGAUGUUACUACAAAAGGCUUGACUACAACUUUGCCUACUGCUGCCACUGAGCCUGCUGAUAGUGAACCAGUGACAACAACAACAAGUGUACCAGAGGAGGAGGCUCUUAACGAGUCAGAGGUUGGUGAUUCACAGGGGUUAGGAUCAGGGAGUAAUCCUACAGUGAUGCUUGUGGUAAAGGAAUCACCUGUGCCACUGCCAACGGUCGGUGAUGAAAUGGCACAGUAUCAACCACAGGCUCAGACUGCGGUCUCCGAAGUGAAGGUUCCACCAUCUGAUAGUCACAGCGUAAACCCUCCCCUGUUUGCGCUCACCGAGGCCAGUAAAACCUCGGCAACAGCACAGAGUGACACACUAACCACAGACGUCCCUGUGGUAACACAAGCAACACCUGGCAAUGAAGUAUUAACAGGUGAACUGACAGCAAACACUCCUCCCACAGACAGAUCUCCUCCAGAGCUGGACUCUGCUGCUGUGACGACUACUGCCACCAAUGGCUCUUCCCACAAACAGCCUCAGAGUUCGGGGCUGCCAGUUUCUGCCCAAACCCAGAAGAGUCCACAUUCAAACACCACAACACCACAAGCAACGACCACAUCUACACGUACAAGUGUGCUUACUACCACAGAGGAGGCAGUGAGGAGGUCCUCAAAAGCAUCAGAUAAUGCACCCAACAAAACAGCAACACAACUUGGAAAGAACACAGCUAACCCAACUGUACAAUCGUCCAAGACAGGGACCACAUCCUUCCUUACCACUGGUGUCGUCCCAGUCACCAGAUUGAGGGUCAGCACCACCUAUCAGUCUGGUAUUGUUGAAAGGAACCGUUCUAUUCUCCUGGGACAUCCUCACCAAGCUCCCCACUCCACUUCCAAUCCAGCCCCCUCCCCCAGCAACAGCCCAUCCCCGAAUGGCACAUUUCUUUCCUGGGGUGACCUGAGCAGGACACUGGCAUUCGCUUGGGAGCUGCAUGUCUUCGGCUCGGCGAGUCUCUUCCUCCUCCUGUUUGCUGGAGCUGCUCUCGGUCUCACCCUGUCCCCUGGCAUAAACUGUCCUCAUCGGGGUGCUCUUGCGCUCGCCAACGCUCUGCUGUUUCUCGCCGGAGGCCUCAGGGCAGCUCUCUUUCUAAUCGAUCCUUACGGCACGCGGAGACUGCUUCCUCGCCCUGCAAUUAUGGCCUUGUACAACUUACCUCUACACCUACUGGUGUGGACACACGCUGCCCUGGCACUGUUGGCCUUGAGGGUGGCAGGGACAAGUGUGUUACCUUCAAACAUGGAGCGUCCUCCUCUGGUGGCUGUGCUGGCAGUGUUGCAGUGCACCCUGCUGUUGGCGGCUGAUCUGCUCUCCCCGGCUCUGUCCCCCGUGGUGCCUGUCACUCUGCAGGUCCUGUCUGUGUGCUGGGGCCUGGCCCUCUGUCUGGGCUUCCUCUUUCAUGUCUUCCCCCGUAUCCGAUGCCCUCCUGUCCCUCAGCCUGGAGUCCCUGAAGGGGGUGGCAGAAAGGCUUGGACAGGAAACAAGAGGAUUGGCGUCAUCCUUGGCAGAGUGUUGGCAGUCUGUGCAGUUUUGGGGACAAUAUGUUGUGGACUGCAUGUUUACGCUAUCUUAUGGCUCUAUGGACUGUUAGGAGACUGGACACACUUCAGCUGGGGAUGGUGGCUGGUCCACUUCUGGGCCCGGCUCUUAGAACUCUCCUGGGGUUUUUCACUUCUCCUCCUGGGUUCAUGGGUGUUCUGGAGGCCUCAAGGGUGCCAGGGAAGGGAGGAGGGUGCAGCGGAUGGCAGAGCAUCAGGAGACCUGCCGUCUCCUGGCCAAUCGACAGGGUCCACUCAAAGACAUACCUGCUGGUCUAAGAUAGUGCAAAGUCUGAAAGGGAAGCCAUGUAAAAAAUCGGACAGUAAUGGGGUCGGAGGAGGUGGAGGAGGACCAGGGGAGGUGCCUAACAACUGGGCUGGUCAGGAACGUCCUGGAGCUGACAUCAGUAAAAGUCUCAUCAGGAACCAAAACCACGAGCAGGCCUCUGUUCAGCCUCGCUACAUAAAAGACAUCAACAGUGGGCGCAAUUUCAGAGGCCAGUCUGCAGAAAGAGGGGUAUCUGAUGGUUCUACAGGCUCGCUGUUGAGACUGCAGGCACUGGGACGUCCCCCUCAGCGUUCAGCAAGUGGCAGCCUGGAUCAUGAAAGGGACACUUCCCUCUCUUUAUGUGAGUUUGAUCUGCGGCCCCCGUCUCCCAUUGACCUGACCCGCAGCAUCGAUGAGGCUCUGCACAGGGAACACCUGCUGGAAGGAGUCAGCCUGUUUCAUCCUCUGAACCAGAAUUCACAGUACCCCUCCCAGGGCUCAGGGGUCAGCCAGGGGCCAUGGCUCCGCAGGAACAGUGAUCCUCAGCUGUCUGAGAGCAGCGAGGCUCCAACAGAGUCGUCCAUGCCACUGGGGGGCAGCAUACUCAGUAGUGUACCCAGCAGACAGGUGACUGCUCCUCCCACGCCUUCCCAUCAGGGUCACAGGUGGGCUGGGAACGGGGUGGGAAAUGUCCCCUCUUCCGUGUCCUGUCCUGUGUCACUUCGUCCCUCCAGAAUUUCCACGGGGAAUCUGGAAGACGAGGGAGUGGACGACACACGGCCGUUCAUCACGCCGGACUCAGAGAGAAUGCGGGGAAGACGCACAAGGCCGGCAGGUUCACGGAGCUACCUGGAGGUCGGCCGUCAUGACGACUCUGCCAGUGUCAGCAGUGAAAUAAUUGACUUAUGAACCAAACCUUGGACAUGAGGACCAAUGACUGCAUGUCAGACGUACCCAUUUAACAGACAUUGUUCCUAAUGAAGACCAUUGAAAAAUCUGUUCACCUUGUUAUAGGGGUUUGUUGAACAGAAAUGGUACACAUUUUACUCUAGGAGUAAAACUGGGAGCUAUAGCACAGAUAAACCACAGAAUUUCACUCCAUUCUCUCUCAUACAUACAUUCUUAUUCUUUCUUGGCCUCUCUUUUUUUAAAAAGACAUACACAUACCUGCAUCACACUGACAGGACCUUGAAUAAAAUGGGACCAAGUAUAAAGUACAUUCCAACAAGUGCUGAGAAUGGUUCCUCAGCAGGUGUUGGGGUGAAUUUUGUGAUGCUGAUGGAUCUCUUUUUCCCAUUGAAGCUUCAUGAGGCAAGAUUGGUGGAAAAAAUAUUUAAUUGUUGAGUUUCGAUGCUGGGUUAUUAAAUCCUAAUGCUUUGACGACCUUAGGCAUUUUCUGACAUACUUGUAUUUUAUUACAUUUAUCGUCCGUCUCACUUCUUCCACUCUUUUUCCUUUUUUAAGGAUGCUUUGCAGUGCCCUCUAUCUGUGAUCUGUCCUGUGAUUGUUUAAACUCUCCCGUUAUGUACCAGAUUAGCCCACGCCAGGGAGAAUGUGCUUUGGUCUUUGGACAGUUGAUGAUAAACUGUCUACAUCAGGGGUCUCAAACUCAAAUGACCUUGGGGCCACAGAGCACCUAGUCUGGCCAGUAGGGGGCCAGUUAGGUGAAAAAUAGACAGAUAUUUCACAGAAUUUCAAAAUAAAAGUGUGUUGACAUGGAAUGAUAUUUAGUUCACGAUAAUCAUGUAUUUGUGAUGCAAAAUUAUUCUAUUACUUAAAAAAAAUAUUAAGUGGUGGGCCAUAUGGAAUGGAAUGGAGGGCUGCAUGUGGCCCGCGGGCCCCGAGUUUGACACCUGAUCUACAUAUAGAGAAGCUUUUUAAAGCUUCUUAAAAUCCAUAAAAUGAUGGAUUAUAUACCCGACAAGACACCUAGUUCCAUUAUGGAGUGACAGGAAAAAUGUGGCUGCAGGUCAUAUUUCUGUUCUGUUCUGCAUGUGAUCAAUCAUGACUUUCAUUGUUUGAUAAAGUCUGUCGACAGUCUUCCAUAUUUCCGUUUGAUCUGUGAUAUAAAGAUGUGCCAUAUACAUAACCUUGGUUGGUUCUGUGCUGUUUUUAAAUGCCCUAUAAACCCAUAUAUUUGGGUUUACUCUAUAGCGUCUUACCGGUAUCAUAGUGACUCAGCUAUGGAUUACUACUUCUAAGCUCUUAAUAUGCUGCCGCCGUUGUUGUUGUCGUUGUUGUUGCUGUUGUUGUCUAGUCUGCCUUGUAUGAUAAUGUGAAACUGGCAGGCAGUAAACAACAGGACUCCUGAAGACUCGUGCUUACGUGUUAAAGUGUCACCGAGGCUUUUAGCUUUAGCUGAAAUUGGAUUUAAAAAUGAAUUCAAGCAUCUGCUUGUGAGGUUACUGCAUUUCAUCUAUGAGGGCAUCUAUACAUCAUUUAACUAAGAAUAUUCAAUAUCAUUAAAAUCCUGCAUUGAAAGUACAGUGUGUGAAAUGUAGCCGCUUUGGUGAAGUUGCAUGUCAGUGUGUUGGAGCACAUACUGUAUGUAGCCUUGAGUUAGCAUCAAAGUUGAUCAUAAAGAUGGUUAGUUUGUCCAUUGUGGGCUACUGUAUGAGCAUGGUGGUCGAAAAUGGCCACCUCUGGAACACACACUCGGCUCCUGAUAUCAGAUUAAAAGGCUCAUUCUGCGGUAAUGAUUAUUAUUUCAGGGCUCUCAAGUUUUUUAGUCAGUUUAGAGUGAGAUUUCGUCGGGAAGGGGAGUCUAGUUAUGAUUCUAGACAAGCUCACAGACUCUGGUCAAACAUUAUUAGCUGAACACAAUAUUCCCCAACAUCAACUGUCGUUAUUUUUGUGAUGCAAGUAGUAAUUUUGUUCAGGAAAUACAAAAAUCAAAUGAUGAGAUGACUUACUGUACUGUAGGCUACUCAUCCAAUAUGGCACUGCCACGUCAUCCAAGUCGGUCCGUUGUCUUCUUUGGAAAGUUGUAGCGGGAUCACGUAAAUUUUACCCAGAUACAAAAAUGCUAUUUUUUGACUGGCUGGUGUGUGGCACCUUGGUGGGCGUUGUCCUAGUAAUUUCGUGUGUCUCACGCCCAAUGCGUGAGACUUGAGAGCCCUGUUAUUUAAUCUUCAAUUACUGCUAAAUUAAAAUAAUUUCACCUAAAUUUCCCUGGACAUUUUAAGUCAAUUCACACUGUGUGCUCAUUUAUCUCCAGCCUUGCAGAACCUGCAGCACACAAGACUGACUUGGCAUGAGCCUCUGAACUGUUAUGCUUAACUCAUUAGCAGAACACUUAACUGUAAGCCUGAGCACUAGACUGAAGUAUUUUACUACUCUAGAGGAAAAUAUCUUUCAAGUAUAAUGUUGUAUAAGCAACAGUGUAAAUACUGUUUGGUUGUUUGUUUUUUUUCUUCCCCCGUUUGUUUGUUUUGAUGUUCAUGAAUAAAGGUGUAUUUGAAACAGUUGUAGGUGUUACUGUGAAAGACAAUCUAAAGUGGUGUUGCUUAUGUCUGUGAGCCACGUGGACAGUUGUUGUGCUUUGACAUCGGACAGAGCUGUGACCGUCCAUACUUGACUUGCAUGAUGAGGACUUUCUGGGCUGUGCUCGGGAUUAUGAUGAUGAUGAUGAUGAUUCUGGUUUUUGCAAAAUGAUGUCAAAUGGCCAUGGUUUGGCUUUUUUUUCUGAUUUUGAAUGAUUACAAAUGCAUUUGUGAAGGAAGAAAUGAAACACAUACCUAAGUUUGUCUAUUUAUUAACUCUGAAAACAGUUUCUGAAAAUAUCCCUGUUUUAAAUUCUGUAAAAGUGAGACUUGCCGACACUGAUUACUGCUUGUGUAAUGUAUUCUAAAAUGACCAUUAGGGAUGCACAGAUGCCAGUGUAGGGUCCCAUGUUGCCCAUAUAUUUGUAUUUGUACUAUGAUACUGCUGCACCUGAUACCACUUUAAGUAUCUUCAAGUGAGCUGAGCAGGUGUGCAGCGAUAAGCAGAUGUUUUGAAAUGGCAGCAGUGGAAAUACUUUAAACUAAGCAAUGAUGUCAAAGUAAAAGACUGUAAAGAGACGGAGGCGAAAAGUAGUAUUAAGUUUUAAGUAAGUAAGUAAGUAAUCGUACUUGUACUCAGUCAGAAAAAGUGGUAUCGGUGCAUUCCUAAUAGGUUUCCAUGCCUCUGUUCCUGGUGAGAGCCAAUCCGUGACUGGCAGCGCCUCCCAGUGAUGUGACAGAUUUGAGUUGAUUAAUAUUUGUAUUACAACGGCCUUGUGUUGUUGUCUACAUUCCACUGAACCUGUAAGAUUUCCCGUUAUCGCCAUUACCUCCUUUUCUUCAUGACCACAGUGGUAUAUCCAGGAUCCACAGUGUUUUUCCUCUCAACAAAGUGUUUCGUGCCAUAGAACAUAGAGACGAUACAUAGAGAGAUCAUACCCCCUCUAGUCUAUAGUCACAGUGCAGAAGUACAGUGUUAGUUUGAUUCAUUUAUUUUGCUCAUUGAACUUUUCUUCUUGUAUUUCUUGCUGCAUUUUGUGUCUGGAUACUGAAUAAAAACGAGGAACCUAAA